GACAAGUUGAGGUGAUUUGUGUUUUUUACAUUAGGCUCUUUGCACAGGGUUUGAUAGAGCUCUGAGCGCUAUGGCCUCCGCAGAAGCUGUUUCCAAGGACCAGUUACGAACAAAUGGGUCGGCGAAACCGUCUCAGGCUUCUACCCAGCAUGCAUCCAAUCGCGUCAUGAAGCUCGGCUUUCACUAUGUCGUGUCACAUGGUGGACCGCUGAUGCUGAUUCCUUUAUUGGCUGCGGUUAUUAUUCGCUUGAAUCGCUUUACACCUGAAGACAUCCAGAUGGUUCUGGAUUUCCUUAACGCGAACGCAAUCGCGGUCACUGCUGGAUCGACGCUAAUCCUGUUUGUUACCGCGCUGUACCUCUUCACACGCCGGAAGGAUGUUCUGCUGGUCGACUUUUCUUGUUUUAUGCCACCCGAGGAACUCGCUAUUACUCAGAAGAACUGUGUCGAGUUUGCUCGUGAAAUGGGAUGUUUCGACGAGAAAAGCCUGGAUUUCCAGGCCAAGGUUGCUGAGCGUUCCGGCCUCGGCGACCGAACCCAUCUGCCGCGUUGCCUCCGCAAGCUUCCCAUCGAGCCGUGCGUUUCCGAAGCUCGGAACGAAGCUGAGAUGGUUAUUUUCGGAUGCCUGGACGACCUGUUUGCCAAGACCGGCAUUAAGCCGAAAGACGUUGGCAUCCUCGUGGUGAAUUGCAGCGUCUUUUGCCCGACUCCGUCGCUGUCCGCCAUGGUGGUCAACAAGUACGGCAUGCGCAACGACAUCCAGUCGUACAACCUCGGUGGUAUGGGCUGCAGCGCUGGGCUUAUUGCCAUCAAGCUCGCACGAGAUCUGCUUCAGGUCAUUCCUAACACAUACGCUGUCGUGGUAUCAACAGAGAACAUCUCCCUGAACCUGUACCUUGGAAACCGCCGCUCGAUGCAAGUCUCCAACUGCCUGUUCCGAGUUGGUGGAGCGGCCAUGCUCCUUACCAACAAGAGCAGCGAGCGUUACCGCGCCAAGUACGAGCUCAAGCACGUGGUGCGCACUCACAUGGGCAAGGACGACAAGAGCUACGGCUGUGUGUUCCAGGAGGAGGACGACAACAAGAUCGUCGGCGUUGCCCUUUCUCGCGAUCUCAUGAACGUGGCUGGCGAAGCUCUCCGCACCAACAUCACCACGCUUGGUCCGCUUGUGCUGCCACUUUCGGAGCAGCUGCUGUUUGCUGCUGUGCUCAUCGCUCGGAAGGUCUUUAAGAUGAAGAUGAAGCCGUACGUGCCGGACUUCAAGCUCGCAUUUGAGCACUUCUGCAUCCACGCCGGCGGUCGCGCUGUGAUUGAUGAGAUUGAGAAGAACUUGGAGUUGACGCAGUACCACGUGGAGCCAUCGCGCAUGGCUCUGUACCGCUUUGGCAACACGUCCUCUUCUUCCAUCUGGUACGAGCUCUCUUACUCGGAAGCACAGGGUCGCGUCCGCGGUGGAGACCGCGUGUGGCAGAUCGCGUUUGGCUCUGGCUUCAAGUGUCAGAGUGCCGUGUGGCAGGCGCUGAGGAAGAUCGACCCCAAGAAGAACAGAGGCGUUUGGGCGGAGUACUACGAAAGCGCUCGCGGGGAGGAGAUCCAUGCUGCAGCUGUGGCUGAUACUUUGGCUCCAAUUAGGCCCCUCCAGUAGCUUAAGCGCUUGAUGUCUCGUGCUAUGCAGAACUGGAGUGGUCAUCGCAUUAGAUAGCCUCGCAUUUUGUUUGUCUACUACAUGGUACAGUUCUGUUAGCUUUAGCCGAAACCUGCAUAAUCGAUGUCCCUAGGGGUGGUAUCCUGUGGAGCAGCCCUUCCACAACUGAGCAGAGCCCUCAUUACUGUUAGUUCCCCAGAUGAAGCACCAAGAAUUACCUAGCUCCGAGCUGCAAGAGUGAGGGUAAGAUAACUAUCUGAAUGUGCUUCAUGAAACAAGCUCUGGAAGUAAAAUUGAAUAUUCCAG